UCGGACUGACUAGCACCGGCCCGCACACGCGUGUCUAUUUCCUUUCUCAGUGGUGUGGUGCACACGCGUUUCACUAGUUUUGACAAGGGAUUGCUUUUCUUUUGGAGGCGACAUCUCUUGUUUUUCAUCGGCGCGCGUUUGAUGCGGAUUAAAUCACUCUACAAACAUCAAUCUCGUCUCAGAGCGGAUCAGCACCUUGGACAGCGGAUGCCAGAGGCGCUCAAAGCCGGCAGAGCAGAAACAGAGCUGUGACCACCCAUUUCGUCUUCACUACGAUGCAGGAGUAAGACACAGCGACGAGAGACCGGCACAGUGUCCAGUCAUGCAGUUUAUGUGGGUCAGCUGACACGGACAAGCAGGCCCAUGUCGGUUAGGUCAGGAAGUCGACACAAUCUGGCUCAGCACAAACAGAUAUAUCAGAGUCACUUCGAAUUAUAAAGAUAUUGACAUACGAAACUGGUGUGGAGGCCAUGUGAAGCUUGAAAUGCGGUAAAGAGUGGCCUGUGUGGAGCUUUGCUGAACAAGCAAAGUCACCUCAGUCACCAGCAUCAAUGGACAACCUUGCUACUUUUUGACGGCUACAAUUUGUUAGUUUUUUUACUUUGCUAAACAAACAGCACCAUGGUUCUGCCACCACCUGAUAAGCGGCAUGUGUGUUUAACCACCAUUGUGAUCAUGACCAGCAUGGCCUUCAUGGAUGCCUACCUUGUGGAGCAGAAUCAGGGCCCGCGCAAAAUCGGGGUCUGCAUCAUCGUCUUGGUUGGAGAUAUUUGCUUUCUCAUAGUCUUGCGUUACGUGGCGGUGUGGGUGGGUGCUGAGGUGAGGACUGCAAAGCGUGGCUACGCCAUGAUCCUCUGGUUCCUCUACAUCUUCGUUCUGGAGAUCAAGCUCUACUUUGUCUUCCAGAACUACAAGGCUGAUCGUAAAAGUCUGGAGACGGUAGCUCGGAAGGCGUUGACUUUGUUGCUGUCGGUUUGCGUACCCGGGCUCUACCUCGUCCUGGUCGCGCUCGACAGCAUGGAGUACGUAAGAACCUUCCGGAAGAAGGAGGACAUGCGGGGUCGACUCUUUUGGGUAGCGCUUGACCUUCUGGAUGUCCUGGACAUCCAGGCUAACCUUUGGGAGCCACAAAGGACAGGUCUGCCCAUUUGGGCCGAGGGCCUGAUGUUCUUCUACUGCUACAUCCUGUUGCUCAUCUUGCCUUGCGUUUCUUUGAGUGAGAUCAGUGUGCAGGGCGAGCAUGUGUCGCCUCAGAAGAUGAUGCUCUAUCCGGUCCUCAGCUUGGUGACCAUUAAUAUUGUCACCAUCCUCAUCAGAGGCGUCAACAUGGUGCUGUUCCAAGAUAGCAGAGUCUCAACUAUCUUCAUCGGGAAGAACGUAGUUGCCAUCGCCACUAAGGCCUGCACCUUCCUCGAGUACCGGAGACAAGUUAAAGAGUUUCCCCCACAAGACCCAGCUGGGAUUGCAAUGGAGAUACAGCAGAACUCUGUGCCACACAAUCAAACUCUACCAAACGCCACGACCACCCUCCCAGAAGAGCCUUCGCCGGCCCGUGAGGUGAUUGACACGUGACCAGAGCUGACAAAAACGUUAAGACUUUAGUGAUAAGGGUGGGAAGAAGACGACCGUCUUCUAGUCCCCUUACUACCGAGCAAGGAGUUUACUAUUUUGAAGAAUUUUUAAAGUCCUAUUCAUCAAAGCUGAGUGUUCAAAGACCAUUGAUGCUCAGAUGCACAAAUGGUGGCUCACAAAAUCUCGAUUUUAACCGGAUUUUGUAAAUUCAAGCAGCUGUUUUGUGAUGUUAGAUAUGGGAUGUUUUUUAAAGAGAUUUGUGUUGUGGUGGCUCACCUUGCUCUCCACAUGAAAUCUGCACAGAUUUCUGUAGAAUCUGAAUGCUCGUCAGUUCUUCAAAGUUGCCUUGCCCCUUGUGUGUUAAUUUAUACAAUAUUUUGGCUAGUUUGAAUAUGCUUUCAGCUAUUAAUGAGAGUCCAGUACUCUCAGAUCACCAUGCAUUUCAUAAUUCUGAACAUUUUUACCCCCCCAAAAAAUCAGUGCAUAAAAUGUGAGGAAAUCCCGUCUAGGUUUGCCGACGAGCAAAGAAUGAGAAAUGAAGCGUAUCAUGUUUCACUAGUUAAGUCCACUCCUCUUACCAUAAUCUGUAAGCAGAUCCGAGGCAAGAAACAAACUUCAAGUGAACUUCAAAUUAUGUUUUAAAGCUUUAUGUAAUUUGAAGAUGAAAAUGAUUUUCUGCGUGUUGAGAUGUGAGCAUGUUUUAAAAUGAGACAGCUCUCACAGGAUUCGUUUCCUGGGGAUUAAAAUGGAAACUUUCAAUUUGCCAAAAUUAAUUUUCAGUCUUUAUGAGUUUCGUACGUGUGCAUAGAGAGAAUGGGAGAGAGAAUGAAAAAGAGAUCAUUAAAAAACAGAUUAUGUUGGAUGGUAAUACAUGAAUUAAUAUACAAUCCAGAUGUUUUCAAGGAGAUAAUUGUAUUAUUAUCAUUAUUAUUAUUAUUAGUAUCUUGUUUCUUUUCA